GUCCUCAGGUGGCGUGGACACAGCCAGAGACAGGAUGCCGCGUAAAUGGCCCUCGUACUCGGAUUAUUUUGAUCCCCCUUUCACCGAGGACGUCGAGGAGCUGCUUGCGCGUUUCCAGCAAACUGACACCGUGAGGUUUGAGGCAUUUUUGGCAAUUUGGAGCGACAUGCGCUUCUCUGACGUUUAUUACGGUAUGCCCAGUAUGAGUGAGAUGAAAAGAUUCUGCAGGGUCACGUUGGCCACUGCGGUCAAGUACUUCCUUCCUCCGUACAGUUACCAAAUCCGAGCUGGAGGCUUGUACUUGAUGUAUGGACUUUAUCACAGCCAGCUUGCCAUCCCACCUGUGAGUAUUCGACUUGCUUUGAAAGACUGGAGUCACGUGGAGAAAUUUGUCCAAGACUCUAUCAAUUCUGGGCAUCAUGAUGUUGUUUACAUCUUUAAGAAACUCGUUGCCAAGAAAGCUAUACAUUACACUGCUAUGCCAAAUUUCCUGUAUUUCCGCAAACAGAGAACCCCAAAUAGGGAAGUUCUAUGUGCAGACUUCAUUGGAAGGAGCACUGUUAUCCAGGAUCUCCUUUCAGCAGACAUUUUGGAGGAGAUGAGCAACAUUCAAAAUCACUACGAAAAGAUGAAAGCAGCCAUGCCAGAGGUCCACUCCAAGACAUCCAUGACCCAUCAAGAUUUGGUCACCAACCUCAAGGACUGCAUGUCAGAAUUCAUUUUUUGGCAGAACAAAACAUUCCCAUUAAACAAAAGGAAAGACCAAGAUGAAGAGAAGGAAGAGGAGACAGUGGAAGAACCAACCAACAGGGCUAAACUACUGUCCUCCAUUAAGCAGAAAAGCUACAAUCAAUUCCAAGGAGGGUCUAAAGCACGGAGACAUCGGCCAGUGGAGGUGGCCAUUGAAAGCAAUUCAGGAUUAGAGGAUCUGCAGACAAUGACUUCAACUACCUCACGCAAGAAGAGGCCUACGUCUCUGUUCCGACGCACAAAGAAUAAAUUUGGUGUGACUGAGGACAAGAGGCAGUUCAAUAACUGGCUCUUGACACUUCCAGAGAACAUCCCAGAUGAUCGUGCUCUAGACCCGCUGAAUCACAUACCAUAA